AUGGGGGACCUCAACGGGGCGGGGACUCCAACCAAGGACAUCCAUGGUGCCAGUGGUCUCCGGUGCGGAUUACCCGGCCAGCCUGCCAACGGCUGGAUCAUCAACAAAGCCACCUUCUACUUCUACCGGGGCCUGACCACGUACCAGUGCGCGGACGGGUUCGUCCUCUUCGGGUCGAGUCAGCGGAUGUGCUUGGAGAAUGGGAUGUGGAAUGGGACGGUGCCCACGUGUGAGUUCGACUUGGCCCAUGGAAAGGCGAGCCAGCAGAGCCUGACGUUAAUGAAUUAUCGAUCGGAUCUGGCCGUGGACGGAGACCCGGAGACGUGCUCGUACACACAGAGGAACAAGAAGUCGUCGAGGUGGUGGCUGGUGAACCUGGGACGAAGGUACAAUGUUACUUACGUCGGCAUCCGUAUCGAGCGAGGAACGUACCAGGCGUUCACGGUGUUCGUGAUGGAUGUGCAGGAGGAGAAGCCGGCGCUGUACCAGGAGUGCGUGAGGUUCUCGGGGACCUUCCCCUUGGAAACGAUGAUGUUCAGAUGCAACCGUGCGCUGGGGACGACUGGGCAGAUCGUCUACAUCAGGGACGAACGGCAGACGGAGGAGCACCUGCGGCUCUGCGAGGUCCAGGUCUUCGCCUCUCAAGAAUGGAUGCCAUGUGGAGACCCCGAGCAGCCGAUAUACAGCAGUGUGAACUGGACGGAGAACCAAGCUCAUUACUCCUGCCUCCCCGGUUUCACCUUGAAGGGGGAGACAGUGCGGAACUGCCUGGCUGACGGGCAAUGGUCAUCCUCGCCUCCGACGUGUGUCGCCGACCCGUGGAGAAUUUCCACGAAAUCUUAUGCAAGAACUCCCGGGUUCAUUCACGGCCCUAAAACUCAGUGGCCCUCUCAUCGCUAUAAGCAGCAUACGCUCUUUCCCAGUCUUUACACGUCCCCACGUACAACCCUUGGAGUCCCCUUUCAUCCUGCUGAAGUUUGGAUGAUUUCCUCGCCGGUGUGA